AUGGAUGGCCUUCGAAACAACUUUGCUAAUUUACCAAGCACAUCAAGAGAGACUGUGUGGCAGUUUCCUGUAUCAGCAACGAAGGACUUUUAUACAGAUGAGAACUGUUCUCAAAGUAGUGGACAACUCGGGGGCAAAAAAGGUGAUGUGCAUACAACCGUUGUAGGGGAAGAAAGGGGCAAGAUUGGGAGACACCAUAAUUGCAUCUGUGAAGGAGCCAUGCCUAAUGGAAAGGUGAAGAAAGGGAAGGUGCUAUCCGGUGUAGUUGUGCGUGCUUCCAUGCAGCGAGGUCGUUGUGACGGGAUUGAGGUCAAGUUUGAUGACAACGCAGUUGUUCUCGUUGACAAGCAAGGUCAGCCGAUAGGGACCAGAGUUUUCGGCCCUGUCCCACAUGGGCCGAGGCAGAAAAAGCAUGUCCAGAUCCUCACUUUUCCGGAGCACAUUGCCUGA